AUGUCAUUAUCAUUUCCCCCUCAAUCACCAUUUACAUUACCUAAAAUUCGUCGUAUUGUAAAACCAGAACAAGAACAAGCAGCAAAAUCAACAAAAAUAACAUUAUUAUCUACAUCGUUAUCACAAGUGCAUGUUUUACAUCAAGAUUUAGGUAAAGCAUUAAAAUACAGUCGUUUAUUAGAGUAUACAGAAGCCGCCCGUCAAAACGGAAAUUACGAACCUAUUGAAGAACAUUUUUUAAACUGUUUAAUUGCUUUUUCUCGAGAAUCAAAUAAAAGCUGUUCAGAGUUUUUUUAUUGGAUGAUUCCUUUACCACAAUCUAUAAAUAUGUCAGUUGAAAAACAACAACAAUUUCAACAAGUCAUGCAAGUUAUGGAUCAUAUCGUUAAAAAUAAUGGUUUCAUACAAUUUGAUCGUUAUGACAUAUGGCAACGACAUAAAGAUUUAGUAAUAUCAGGUACAGGUCAUUUUUCUUUACAUGAAGAGAAGAAUAAAUUCUAA